AUGGACCAGGACCAGGGCCGUCUCUACCUGGGCAGCCGGGAGUACCUGGUGGCCCUGGACAUGCACAACAUCAACAAGGAGCCCCUCAUAGUAAGAGCAAACACUAUAAUGACUCCUAUGAGAUAAAUAUAAUACCUGAUUAGAUUUUCUUGACCAAGAUGGCCGUCCUGUAUUCAUGUUGCCAGGAUCCAUUCUAAUGUUUUAUUUAAUUUUGUAGCCAUUUGUAGGCCUAUGAGUGCAAAUAAUAGUAACACUUUAUGUCCCCAGGUAUAACGCUUUAUUAUCUAUUAUAAGCAUGUGUGAGCCUUUAUGAUAUAUUAUUAUAAGGCUUAGAAUAUGUUAUGUUUCUAUGUAGAAAAUCACACAAGGCACCGGAUCUGAAAUGUUGCAUUUUGUACUCUUCUUCCUUCAGAUUCACUGGCCGGCCACUACCCAGAGGAAAGGAGAGUGUAGAAUGACUGGAAAGGGUGGGCAGGUGAGUACCCUUUACCUCUUGACUAUUAGCUUUGAUGUAUGAAAAGUGCUACACAAAUACUGUUGUUGUUGUUGUUGUAUUUAUGUAAAGUAUGUACAGUGUAUUGUAACUCUGUUCUCUCUCUGUACUAAUCAGGGGGAGUGUGCAAACUUUGUGCGUCUGAUCGAACCCUGGAAUCGCACACACCUGUACACCUGUGGCACAGGGGCCUAUAAGCCUAUCUGCACCUUCAUCAACAGAGGAUGGAGAGCAGAGGUACGGACACACACAGACACACACACACACACACACAAACAUACCUACCUCCAUGUAUUGUCCUCUCUGUGCAGGAGUACCUGUUCAGGCUGGUCCCUGGCAACGGGGACUCAGGGAAAGGGAAAUGCUCCUAUGACCCUCGACAGGAGAACGCUGCAGCCCUUAUCAGUGAGACCUCUUCUUAUCUGUUCAUCAUUACAGUUCCCACCACAGUCCUCCCUUACGGUACCUAUAACCAUUGUCAUAAUCCAUUAUGCUGUUUCAUUCCCUCUUUGGCAGAUGGGAAUCUGUAUGCAGGGGUCCACGUUGACUUCAUGGGCACGGACCUGGCCAUCUUUAGAACACUGGGGGACAGACCUGCUGUCAGGACGGAGCAAUAUGACUCCCGCUGGUUGAAUGGUGAGUUUGCCCCUCUGACUCACAGGUGACACACUGAGCAACCCACGACUACUUUUCCCUGAGAAAAAGUCAGCCACACCAGAUGUCUGUACCUAGGGACAUCGCUGAUGCAUAUUUCUCUCUCUCUCUCUCUCUCUCUCUCUCUCUCUCUCUCUCUCUCUCUCUGUCUCUGUCUCUGUCUCUGUCUCGCUCCCUCUCUCUCUCUCUGUCUUACCCUCCUUUCUCAAAUGGACUAAUCUCCCUCGCUUCUUCUCCAGAGCCAGUGUUUGUUAAAAUCCAGCAGAUUCCUGACAGCUCCGAGAGUAAUGAUGACAAGCUCUACUUCUUCUUCCGGGAGAAGAGCCUGGACGGUGCCGGGGGGGCCAGCCCCAGUGUCCUGGCCAGGGUGGGCCGAGUAUGCCUGGUGAGAUACCCCCGUAUAUCCCCCACUGUAAGGGAUCAAUAAGGGAUCAUAACUUUCACCUGGAUUCACCUGGUCUGUCUGUCAUGGAAAGAGCAGGUGUUCUUAAUGUUUUGUACACACAGUGUAAGUCUUCACAUUAGAGUUAUGGUAAUACCUUCGUUUCAAAGGAUUUUCUCCCAUUUUGUGCCUACCAAACUCACAACCAUUGGACCCUAGAAUUCAAAAUGGUUAUGAUGAUGAUAUUGAGUGAUCUGCAAACGUCAAUGUGUAAAUGAUCCCUAACUUUGUUUCACCUCUCCAGAAUGAUGAUGGGGGUCAGAGGUCACUGGUCAACAAGUGGACGACCUUCCUGAAAGCUCGGCUGGUGUGCUCAGUGAUAGGGAGUGAUGGUGUAGAGACCUAUUUCGACGAGCUGAGUGAGACUGCUUUUCAUUGCAACUGCAUUGACAUACUGUACAGCAGGCCGCAAUUCAAUCAAUUGCAGAUAAAGGCAAACCACAAUGCGGCUUUACUCUGAAUGUUUACACUUAGAUUGAAUAGGGCCUUUAGUCUUGUUUUGACACUUGUUUAUAGAAAAGGCACUGUUACACCUAUUUCAACAUGCUUCCUUUCAGAGGAUGUCUUCAUUCAGCCAACACAAGAUGAGCGCAAUCCUGUCGUGUACGCCGUCUUUUCCACUGCGGGGUAAUAUAUUACUUGAAUCAUUCAAAAAUGUUGCCCACAACCAUACAUUCUAUGUCCUUUAUUAGUGCAGGACUGAAACAAAAGCCUGCCCACCCAGUAGUUUUCCGUGACUGAAAUUGGAGAGUUUAUUUUGAUGACUCUCUUCCACCACCUUUCCACCUCUUUCCUUAGUUCUGUGUUUAAGGGCUCAGCCGUGUGUGUGUACUCUAUGUCCGACAUCCGCAAUGUCUUCAAUGGCCCUUUCUCACACAAGCACGGACACAAUUACCAGUGGACCCCCUACACUGGAAAGAUCCCCUACCCUCGCCCUGGAACGGUACGUACACUCAGUCCCAAAUGCUUCCAGGAAAUACUGUAUAUCUUUCCAUUGGAAGUAACAACAUGAUAAUGAGAUAACAGAUUAGAAUCUCUAAAAUGAAUGGUAGAUGAUUUGACUACUGGACAGUAGCCUAAUAAACAAACAAAUUAUAGAUCGUGUUUUUUGAGUACUGUAUGUCCUCUAUAGCGUCGAUGUUGUUAAAUCUAGAUCAACAAAUAAUCUAUAGAAAGAAUGUGUCAAACUGUCAGCGUCUUUGUGUGGUCAAAAUCACAUAAUUCCCAUGAUGCAACACACAGCAAGAUGUGCUAAAUGAGGGUCGUAUUCAUUUGUGCACAUCGUAGCAAAAAAACAUAGAAAAUCGUUGUGCAAUGGAAAACGAAAACAUGCAGUUCUGAUAAGUCCUGAUAGUCCUUCCCUGUUUCAGACUAUUUUCUUCCAUUUAGUGCCUACUGAACAUGAUCCAGUUCAACCAGAGCUCUUUUUCUUCUUCGUCUACAGUGUCCAGGAGGAACGUUCACCCCGGGCCUCCGCUCCACCAAGGAGUUUUCAGAUGAGGCGGUGAACUUUGUGAGGGCGCACCCCCUCAUGUACCACUCUGUCUACCCCAUACACAAGCGGCCCCUGGUGGUCCGAACGGGGGUGGACUACCGCUUCACCUCCAUCGUGGUGGACCUGGUGGAUGCUGUGGACGGGAGGUAUGAGGUGCUCUUCCUGGGCACUGGUGAGUCACGCUGCUAGCUAGGUUCUUCCUCCUUUUUACUGAGGGGUUAAAUCAGGGGCCGUAUCAAGCAUCUCAGAGUAGGAGUGCUGAUUUAGGAUCAGUUUUGCCUUUUAGAUCCCAAUGAAUAAGAUUACAUGGACAUGGGGGGGGGAUCUGAUUCUAGAUAAGCAUUUCUACUCUGAGACGCUUGAUAAGUACGGCCCCAGAUUGGGUCAAAUCCUAAAUUGAGAUGUGUGUGUGUACAGCUGGAACUGGGUAAAUCAUGCCUUGAUCAUAUAAAUCAUAAUUUGAUCAAGAUCAAAUCAUGCUCACAUACCUCAAGUUAGGAGUUAGCUCUCAGUGAAUAAUUUCCUUUUAGCUCUGUAUCUUCUAGGUUAUUUAGGCUAUCUGAGGUACUAUGUACACUAUGAACCGCUCUCCCCUCUUUUUGUAGAUUGUGGAACAGUCCAAAAGGUGAUAGUACUUCCUAAAGACACUAGCACAACAGAAGAGCUCACGUUAGAGGAAGUGGAGGUGUUCAGGGUAAUGACAAUCAUUUUACUAUUUCAUGUUAAUCACUGUCUAGUUUGAAUGAAUACCUGAAGGGAGAUGGGGCAGUCCAAAAGCUUCAUUCCGCAAUAUUAUCUUCUCCUGACCCUUUAUGUGCUCUUCCUUCUUGCAGACUCCAGCUCCUAUUAAGACUAUGAAGAUUUCAUCAAAAAGGGUAGGCUUCAUCAAUUAUCAUUUGCUCAUCUAUGAUUACUGCUGUUGUUGUUGUUGUUGUUGUUGUUGUUGUUGUUAUGCAUCUGAUAGCACUUCCUCUCCCCUUCUGACACACAGCAACAGCUGUAUGUGUCGUCAGAGAUGGGGCUUACCCAGGUGUCCCUGCACAGGUGUGGCGUCUAUGGGAAGGCCUGUUCAGACUGCUGCCUGGCCAGAGACCCUUACUGUGCCUGGGACGGGGAGACCUGCUCCGCCUUCAGCCCCUCCACCAAGAGGUUAGGCACCUUAGCACCAAUUAGGGGGUUACAUAACAUGCUUGUACUGUAUUAGUUUAGCUGUUUAAAAUAGGAUAUCAUUGCAUCCAAACUGCUUACUGUGUUUCAGGCAUAAGUCAAAGUUGUGAUAAUGUAUAGAGUCUAAUGCACUGUUCCCAUACUUGUUCACAGGCGGAGCAGAAGACAGGAUAUUAAGCAUGGAGACCCCUUGCGGCAGUGCAGAGGGUUCAAUGCAAAAGGUAUGUGAUCACAGCCAAAGCACUGAAUAGUAUAUCUCACUGCAUACAAAGGUCUCACAACAAAAUCUCACAAAUGAGUUAACCACUGUUAAUGGGGUCAAAUGGGGUCAAAAGUCAUUUGAUUCAGAUGUGUACUCCACAUAUUUCUCUGAUUCUCUCCCCUUCAGUUGAGAAGCGUCUCAGUGAAACAGUGCAGUUUGGGGUGGAGGGGAGUAGCACGUUCCUGGAGUGCCAACCCAGAUCUCCACAAGCGACAGUCAAAUGGCUCUACCAGAAACCAGACGGCAGGAGGAAAGUGGUAUGACAAGGCUUAAGGGACCGUUAAGUUCAGAUAGCUUUUGUAUGAUGGCUGUAGAUAAUGUUGUCUUCUCAUUUUCUCUCACGAUGAUGUUCUUUAUCUCCCCCUCCCCCAGCUGAGCAGAGACAGAGAGGUGCUGAAGACUGGUCACGGCAUCCUGCUCAAGUCUCUGAGCCACGCCGACGGGGGGCUGUACAACUGCCUGGCCACCGAGAACAACUUCAAGCACACGGUGGCCCGCGUGGCCCUCCGCAUCCUGGACCGGGAGAUUGUAGAGGCCCUCACCUCCCCGGACGGCCCCCCGGAGGACCAGAACCCGCAUCACCACCGCCACCCCCACCACCACCCUCCGCCUCCAUCACCUCCGCCUCACAACCUGCCGCCGCAGUUCUCCUCCCAGCCGGAGAUCCGCCUCAUCAACCAGUACUGUCAGUCUUACUGGCAGAAGCUCAACCCUAACCUGGCCACCAAACGCACCAGCAGGAGGCACGCUGAUAGCCAGCCAGAGCCAGCCCCGGGGGCCCCUAGCACCUCCUAG